CUCUCAUUAAAAACCACAGUUGGGUUGGGAAAAGGGUGAUUCAUAUCUGGUUUAGAUUUUUAGUGAGAGAGAGAGAGAGAGAGAGAGAAAAAAAAAAAAAAAAAAAAAAGGGAAGGAAAGAAGAGAGAGAAAGAGGGAGGACAGGAAGAAUCGAUCUAUGCAAUCGACGCACAACUCAUCGAUUGUUCUGAGUCGAUUCAUUGUUCACUACCACAUUCCGCCAAUUCAUUACAAAAUCAUAAACAUCACGGCUGAUUAUGAGCUGGUUUGAUAAACUACGCUGCUCUUCAAAUUUCAGCCGCUUCAUUGCCGGCCUUCUCAUCUUCCUUCUUUAUCAUUCUUUCCAAUUAAUUUCUAAUUUCUUGAUUCCUAUACAACCGUAAACAAUCAAUCUUCGCUCUUUUCUCUUAAAUUCAAACAAUUUGUCCCAACUCAUCAUCAUCGUCGUGAACUCAUCAUCAUCAUCGUGAAUUCAUCAUCAUCAUUGUCGUCUUCGUUGAUUCGUUUUUAAAUGGAGAUCAAAGAUUCAAUUUCCGAUCAUUUUCUUGAUGGCACUUCUGCACCGCGCAGUAAAAAGAAACACAGCUCAUCCCCUACUGUCAUUGUGAUUGGUGGUGGUAUCUCGGGGAUUGCUGCAGCACGUAUUCUCCAUAAUGCAUCUUUUAAGGUGAUCUUGUUAGAGUCACGGGAUAGAAUUGGUGGUCGCAUUCACACUGACUACUCGUUUGGUUGCCCAGUAGAUAUGGGAGCAUCAUGGUUGCAUGGUGUUUGCAAUGCGAAUCCCUUGGCUCCGCUCAUACGUUGUUUAGGUCUUUCAUUAUACCGUACUAGUGGUGACAACUCUGUGCUAUAUGACCACGACUUGGAAAGUUAUUCCCUUUUUGAUAUGGAUGGCCGCCGAGUUCCUCAACAAAUGGUUAUUGAAGUUGGAGAAGCAUUCGGGAGAAUUCUCAAAGAGACGGAGAAAGUAAGGGAUGAACAUACAAACGACAUGUCCAUAAUUCAGGCAAUAUCAAUUGUGUUGGACAGACAUCCAGAAUUAAGUUUAUGUAGACAAGAAGGAAUUGCCCAGGAAGUGCUACAAUGGUACAUCUGUAGAAUGGAAGCUUGGUUUGCCGCAGAUGCGGAUAUGAUAUCUCUGAAAAGUUGGGAUCAGGAGCAUGUUCUUUCUGGUGGUCAUGGACUUAUGGUUGAAGGUUAUUACCCUCUAAUUAAGGCUCUUGCAGAAGAUAUUGAUAUACGCUUGAAUCACCGGGUUGCAAAGAUAUUUAACGGGUGUAAUAAGGUGAUGGUCAAGCUUGAGGAUGGGAACCACUUUGUUGCAGAUGCAGCCAUUAUUACUGUACCGCUUGGUGUUCUCAAAGCUAACUUAAUUGAGUUUGAGCCGAAAUUGCCGGAGUGGAAAAAUACUGCAAUUUCAGAUAUUGGUGUUGGCAAUGAAAACAAGAUUGCUUUACGAUUUGAUAAUGUCUUUUGGCCAAAUGUAGAACUAUUAGGCAUUGUCGGGCCCACGUCAUAUGCCUGUGGGUAUUUUCUCAACCUCCACAAAGCAACAGGUCAUCCUGUCCUUGUCUAUAUGGUUGCUGGAAGAUUUGCUUAUGACUAUGAGAAGCUGUCUGAUGAGGCUGCUGCAAAUUUGGUAAUGCUGCAACUCAAGAAAAUGUUUCCUGAUGCAACCGAGCCUGUACAGUAUCUUGUAUCACGUUGGGGAACAGACCCGAACUCCCUUGGAUGUUAUUCGUAUGAUGUGGUGGGAAAGUCCGAAGAUCUGUAUGAUAGGCUUCGAGCCCCUCUGGGUAAUCUCUUCUUCGGAGGUGAGGCUGUUAGUUUGGAGCACCAGGGUUCUGUACACGGGGCCUACUCAGCUGGAGUUAUGGCUGCGGAAAAUUGUAAGAGGCAUCUCACGGAGAGAGUCGGUGGCUUGGAGAAGAUCCAAUUACUCUCUUUUAAAGGCGAAGCUCUUGACGCCACAGUUCCGCUCCAAAUCUCAAGGAUGUGAGAUAUCUCUACAAAUGAUGAAAGAAAGAAAUACUAGUUGUGUGUUUCUAUUCAUUCAAUCAUACUGUUGAUUUUUUCUUCCUUCAUGGAAAAUAAAUUUAUAUUUGUCUGUUUAAAAACAAGAAAAACGUUAUAAGAAAACAAUUGUUUGUCAAUGUUACUGAGGUAGUUUGUGUA